UAACGUGAAGGUAAAGCAUGGGCGUGCAGCUGUCGUGAACCCCGAUGUUCUCGCUGGUGAGCUAACUCUAAAUGAAUUUUUAAACAUUAAACAUAACAGUCAUCCAUUACUGGGGGGUCACAUGACGGUCCAGCUGUAGAAGGUGACAUAGUCCAAAACUGUCCAACAAAAACUGCGAACACUCUUCUUCUGCAAUGACAGAUAAAGUUAAAGAGCUCGUUUCAAAGUGCCUGCAGGCCCGGGACAUGGCAUACUGUCCAUACAGCCGGUUUCCUGUCGGUGCUGCCAUAUUAACAGCAGAUGGUGCUAUAGUUACAGGCUGUAACGUGGAGAAUGCCUCCUAUGGUCUGACAGUGUGUGCUGAGCGGACAGCCAUCCAGAGAGCUGUGGUGGAAGGACACAGACAGUUCACUGCCAUUGCUGUGACAUGUGAUAUCAAAGACAGUUUUGUUGGGCCAUGCGGAGCAUGUCGGCAAGUUCUUAUGGAGUUUGGAUCAGACUGGACUGUGUAUCUGACCAAGCCCGAUGGAUCUUACAAAGAAACCAGCCUCCGGGAGCUGCUGCCUCUAGCCUUUUCCCCUGUCCACAUCACAAAGAACUGAUGAAGCCUCAACACCAUCCUCAGACAGCACCUUUUAGUACUUCGGUACUUUUUUUAGCUGCAAUGUCUCUUGAUGUAUGUUCUGGCAACACUGCAAAUUAGCUAAACAAUAAAACAUUUUCUCCUCUAAA